GCGCCCGUGUACGUCGGAGGACGGUACCUGAAGUGGGCGCGCGGGGUCCCGCAGUCGCCGUGGGUCGCGGACGGCGAGACCGUGGGCGAGGGCAGCGUGCAGACGUCGCUGGAAGCCGUCGUCGUGCGGCGUCUUCGCGCCGACGGCGCGAAGCUCAACGCCGCGGGCAGAGAGGACAUGGACGUCCGAAUGCUCGGCGGCGGGCGGCCGUUCAUAUUAGAGGUCCACAACCCGCGGAGGAUCGCGCCGAGCACGGCGGAGUGCGCGGAGAUGGAGCGCGAGCUCGAGGCGAACGGCGACGGCGUCGUCACCGCGUCCGGGUUGCACCUCUCCGACCACGAGAGAUACCGCGCGAUGCACGAGGGAAGCGCGGAGAAGGAGAAGACGUACUCGGCCGUGUGCUACGCCGCGCGCGCGCUCACGGACGCGGACGUCGCGAAGCUGUGCGGCGUCAAGGACCUCGUCGUGCGGCAGUCCACGCCGACGCGCGUGUUGCAUCGACGGUCGGCGGCGGUGAGAGAGCGGACGAUCGCGUCGAUGUCCGCGGAGGCGGUCCCGGGGUCGCCGCGGUUCUUCACGCUGCGGAUGACGACGCAGGCGGGGACGUACGUGAAGGAGUUCGUGCACGGGGAUUUCGGGCGGACGUCGCCGAACGUCGGGACGCUGCUCGGGUGCCCGUGCGAUAUACUGCAGCUCGACGUGACGGACGUGGACAUGGCGUUC